AUGAAUAUUUUUCCUGGGAACGAGGAAUCACCGAGAUUCUUAUGCGAUAACACAAAUAACUUUCGGGAUCACCCAGAUUCUAAACAUAAUGGUUUAAAUAAUAUUAAUGUAGAAAAUCCCGAAGAAAAUCAAAUAAUGAUGUGUUAUAUUGAUAGUCCGUUAGAAUCCUCCACUUCUCAAUUUAAUCAGAAUAAUAAUAUGUUAUAUCAAAAUUCCGAACAAAAAAAUGAGUCACAUGUUCAACAUGUGACGCGAGAUGAACACAAUGACUGGCAGAUUACUAAUGAUUUAUAUCAACAAAAUAUAAUCUCUAAUAUGUACAAUUCUGUACUGGAAAGUCCAUAUCCGACUCCACAAAAUUUAGUUAUGGAGACUACGUUAUCUGUAUCUACCCCAACUUAUGGUCCUUUGAUUUUUGGAGAUCCUGUAAAUAAUUUUAAUUACGGUUUUAAUAAUCCUUAUAUUACUGAUUCUAUGUACGAAACUGAAUAUCAGCAACGUCUGCCGCAUCCAGGACGUAUACCUUCAAGUCCGCAAAAACCACCUGUAUAUACUAAAUGGACUGAAGAAGAAGAUGAAUUAUUACGUGCUGCUAUAAGCAUUUAUGGUCCGCAUAAAUGGUCUCUUAUUGCCGCGCAUGUUCCAAACCGGACACCUAUGCAAUGUUCUACAAGAUGGUUAGGUGCAUUAAAUCCUACAAUUCAUAAAGGGCGUUGGACGCCAGAGGAAGAUGCCGCAUUAAAAGAUGCCGUUGGUGAAUUUGUGGAUCUAAUUGAUUCUGAAGGGCAUCCUCAACCAAUUCCUUGGAAUAAAAUAGCGUCUAGAAUCCCACAUCGAACCGGAAUUCAAUGUCAGGCUCGGUGGUCGGAAGCUCUUGACCCAAGUGUAAGAAAAGGAAAAUGGUCCCCCGACGAGGAUGAAAUAUUGAAAGAGGGUGUCAGACGUUAUGGAAGAUGUUGGAUCCGUAUUGCUGAAUUAAUUGAAGGCAGAACUCAACGCCAAUGUAGAACCCGCUGGGUACAAAUUAAAAAUAAACAAGCUAAACUCGAGAAAGACGCGAUGAUCGCGAAAUCUACUGCAAAUAAUUCAUCGACGGAUGAUGAUAACGAUGACAAUAGUCUAGUGAUGCUGACUCCGCCUAAUACAACACCUUCAACUCCCGCUCAGACAGUAAUGCGUCCAACGCAUAAUAUUUCUUUAAAUAAUAUACCUGCCCAGACGUCCAGAAGGCAAUUAUCUGGAAUUCCUUCUAUUAUUAAUAAUCAAAGUCCCAUAUUAUCUCCGUCUCCCACAGAUACUUUGACAGGUCCCGAAUCUUGUGUUACAACGCCAGAAAGUACAUCAUCUCCGAU